GUCUGUGAGUGUGUGUCAGGGAGAGUGUGUGUGUGAAACGGGAAGAGGAAGAGAGAAUAGAGAGGGUGAGAAGAGAAGAUGUUAGUGUGUGCGACAGAAGGACCUCCAAAGAACCGGCAGGUUGUGCGUAGCCUGAAUGAUGGUGCUGUGCCUGGACGGUGAGCUGUGGGCAUAGCAACAGCGUAGUGAUGCACAGGGAAGGUGCCAUGUGUGAUUGGCUAGCACACCCUAUGGCAGUGGCAUCGCCCUGGAUUUGGCGAGAAGCUCUCCUUCCUGCUUGUUCUCUGGGGCUACUUUGGGAAGCUUUCAUGGGAUUUAUCUUGUGCUGCUGGAUGGCACAGAGAUUUCUGCCUCUCUGAAGAGAGUCCACAGAGAAAACACACACUACAUGGAUAAGCAGUAAAAUAAUUAUCCAAUCACAGCACAAGCAGGCAGACUGGGUUCCCUUAGCAACAACCGAAGGAGACAAGAGAAUCCUUUUCUCUUUCUGCUCCCUUGGUUUUUGGGCACACCCCUGUGGACUGCUGUGGGUCAGUGUUUUGCGAAAGGACUUGGAGAGCGAUGUUGCAUAAGACAAGCUGCCACCUGAAUUCCAGGGCACGGUGUUCAUUUGCUUUCCAGCCCCCUUGCUACUGUGUCUCAUUGGCACCAUGAUUUCUUUUUCUUUUUUUUUUUUCUUUUUUUUGUUAUCCCUUCACAAAUUCUCAUCACAAGUCACGUUCCGCCAGCUUAGAAAUCAAUUCAUCUUGAUCACACACUACCUGGAAUGAGCCCUGCGUUUGGGGGGGAAAUUGGACACUCUGUGAAAAAAACAUCACUUACUCUUCUCUCUUUCAUGGACGAGAAAUGAAGGACAACACGAUUAGGUCAUUCUCUGCAAAGGAAACGGAUAUGAAGCAAAGUUUAUUUAGAUGAAUUUCUCCUAAGAGUUUGUUUCUUUUUUUUUUCUUUUUUUUUUUCCUGGAGGGGUAAACAACACUGCACAGAGGAAUAUUCCCGUUUUCAAACAGGAUCUGUCCUUUCUCUCUUUACAGACAGCAACCCUUGCUGAGGGACUAUAUUUAGAAGGCAAAUAUUGUCCCCACUGGCCACCAUUAACAAAAAAAAGAAAAAGAUCAUUUUGGAAACUGAGCUAGUGCUGGAAGUUCUAUUUUUCUAGCUUACAACCUGUGUUAGUUACUCUAAAAAAAUAAGGUUACCAUGAACCUCUUUUCUGCUUUCACUUUUGUAUGUUAGGCUGCAGUGAUGUCGCUGUGUUUCACAGUGAGAAAGAUUGUACAGGACAAGUGAAAGAGGGAAGAAGUAUUCUCCCUGUAUAGGCAGGUGUUUUUAAAUAGCACCUCCUCGGGAACAAUUUCAAACAUACACACUGACACAUGAGUUGGCUCAACACCAUUAUGUAAGUUUCAUAGCCGAUGUAUUUUGGCUCUUCUCUUUUCAUGGAUUUACUGUGUUUGACUUUUCCCAUGCUGAUUUCUUCAUUUUUGGAAACGUCUAUAAGAAGGCAUGGAUGUCAGAGUGUGACCGUGUACCGACCGUGCGGGCGAGGCAAGGUGUUUUGGCUGCCUAGGUGCUUUUAAGAUGUUGAGGUCUCCCUGCGUGGCCGGGGCCCCUGUUCGGAUCAGUAGCACUGAGGCUCCUUGUAGCCAAAGACAUGGACCCCGACUCGGCUCCCCCACGCCCUCAGCCUGUUGGCCACUGGCCCCACUUCGCUUUGUAAAGGAUGUCCCUCAGCAGAGCUCCGGCCCGGGACACCUCUGAGACCCCCAGCCCGAGAGAACGCAUCCGCAGCCACAUGAAGAUGGUGAUCGACCAGCUGGAAGGCAUUCUCAAAGAGCUCAAGGAUGUGGCCAAGGAACUUCGGGAGGUGGUGGGUCAAAUCGAUAAACUAACGUCUGACUUUGACUUUGACCUGGAGUUAGAUGACUGGACGGUGGCCACAGCCAGCAGCACGUCCAGCAGUGAGCGGGGUCUGGGAGAAGCUUUCAGAUUGGACUUUCUCAAUGCAGAUGUGCUUUCUGAUACCUGGGAAUUCUGCAGUUAUCUAGAGGCUGCAGGAGCAGCCGCCCGAAGCUCCAAUGAGCAACAUGUGGAUCUGGACCGUGGGGCCAUCCCCACCCAGACCCAGACCCCCACCCCACCCCCCACCACUGCCUCGGUCUACUCACAGAUGAAUGGCGGUCUGCCUAUCCCAAACGGGCCACGCAUUAUUACUCCAGAUUCAUCCAGUGAGGAGGCCAGCAGCUCCACACACAGCCAAAAGACCUCCCGUACCUCUGGCACAAGAGAAAGAGUCCGUUUCAGUGACAAAAUCCUGUACCACGCGUUGUGCUGCGACGAUGACGAGGAGGAGGAGCAGGAGGAGUUACAAGAGGACAAGAGUGGAUGUGCUACACCAGAUAGCGAUACUGAGCCCAGCCUCCUGGCCAGCUCAGUUGCCCCUAAACGUUCUUCCUCUGAGCACUCACUCCUCCAUAACUGUCUGGACCCUUCUUACGUUUCCUCGCCAGUGAAAGGGAUGACAGGAGCUCACACACUACCCAGAAAAGGUCUCUUAAACCCCGGCUGCCGCAAAAAACUGUUAAGAAAUAGCAGCACACAAACUGUCUCAGACAAGAGCACCCAAACUGUACUGCCCUAUAUUCCAAGCAAACAGAAAGCAAAGGACCACUGAGAAAGACUGAAGUUACACAAAUCUCAUGAAGAGAACUGUGCAUUAUUUACUAUUAAAUACAUAGCUCAUAGAUUAAUACACAAAUAAAUAAAUUACUAAAUAAAUAAAUGA